AUGAUCAGGAAGGGGAAUACUCUGAAUCGUUCGCGCUUUGGAUUAUGUCGUACAUCGACAAGAGCUAAUCUUUAUGGAUUCAACUUAUCUAAUGUAAAUAAUUCAGAAGGCGAUAAUGAUGAUAGCGCACUCUUGUUGAACGUUCGCUUUAUUCCAAACACUGAAGAUAUGUACCGGGAGUUUUGCAAUGUUUCCAAGCUAAAUUCGUCAAACGAUGAAGGUUUUCGUUCUUCCAUUAGUCAAGGAACUUCAACUAAUAAUCAUUUGUCCGCGAUACGUGCAGCAAUUACUGGAGAUGCACUCCAAUUGCUAUAUCUGAUCAACAUUUUGAAAGUGUCUGUGAAUACAGCUAAUUCACAGGGCAUAACUUUACUUCACUGGGCUACUGCAAAUGAUCAUAUUGCUGUUGUUCAGUUGUUGUUGAGCCUUGGCGCUGAUUUCCGACUUACUACGGUAAAGAGUCGUUCUGUACUCCAUACUGCUGCUUGCAAUGAUGCUACAAGUUGCUUAAAACUGUUUUUGAAACUUUCUUUUGAACAAGAAAAGACGGACGGCAUGAAAAGAAAUAGUUGUGGAACAUUGAACAAAUUUAUAUUGCAACGUGACUUUAACGGCGAUAAUUUACUGCAUUUGGCAUGCAGGUUACGCAAAAAACGUUGUUUAAAACAAUGCAAUCAAGACAAUCAGACACCAGUACAUGUAGCGUGUCUUUGGAAUAGUGUGGAAGCUGCAGAUUUGUUACUGACUGAUAAUCUCAAUAAAAUCGUUAACAAAAUUUGUAAUUUGACGAAGAGAACUAAUAUUGCAAUUGCUCUUAGAGAAACAUCGAGACGAGCACUAUUCUGGAAAAUUGGGCGGUUAGAAACUAGAAAUGUACUUUUGUAA